AUGAAGAGUAAGCAUGUGCUGUUGCUCUCAAUCAUAGCGUCAGUUUCUGCUACCAAGAAUGAUACAAUAAAAUAUGCAGCUUCUUUUUUGAAGCGUCUUGGAUACAUAAAUACAACGGAUAAUGCUGUCACCAACAUUGAAUCGGCAUUAAUAACAUUUCAAGAGAUGUACAAUCUUCCUGUGAGUGGAACGCUGAAUAACAAAACCAAGUUCCUGCUGAAUAGCCCGCGUUGUUCUGUAGGAGAAAAUAAUUUCAUGAUACAUUCGAAAUGGAACAAAACAAAGAUACGCUGGUAUUUUCCUCAAACUCAACAGGCGCAUCGUGAUACAGUCAAGAUGGCAUUCGAUAGGUGGGAGGAGAUAUCGAAUUUGAAGUUUGAAAAUGUACAAAACCCUCACAGGAAAAAGCCUGAUAUUACCAUAGCUGUUAUUCGAAAAGAAUCACAAUUUUUGAGCAGACUGCCAAGGCACUUCUAA